ACGUUCCAGUCUCGCAGCGGCACUCGCGAGCGUUGUUUCGUACAUAGGUAAACGCGCGGCGUGGCACGGAUCGCUUGGCGGACAGGAAGGGGGCAUAAAACGCUCUCUCUCUCUCUCUCUCUCUCUCUCUCUCUCUCUCUCUCUCUCUCUCUCUCCCUCUCGCGCACCAGAGGACUCAGAGGGAGAGAGACACCCACGUAACUGCGGACUCAGCGCGCACAGGUACGCGAGAGGGGAGACCGCGAGGUGUGUGUAUUGUGUGCGUGUGUGUACGUAACGUAUACGCGUGCGCGCGCGACGAGUUCCCUUUUCAGUGACUCGCGCGCCGCGGAGUCGCCGCGACCUCGUCGUUGAGUUGCCACGUUCGCCGAAGGCCGAAGAGCAAUAGUUUAAUCGGGUGGAGUGAUAGGAGAAGAGGAGAGGAGCAAGUCCACCGCCGUUUCCGUGCCCACUCAGUAUCCCACAUCAGCACUCUUUUCUUUUUUCCAUUUAUUUUAUCCUUUUCCCCCUCCCCCUUUUUUUAUUACUUUUGUACGAACCAGCUCGACGCGUUCGCGACGCGUGUGGAAUUACUCCAGUGGGAAGUAUUUGCGUCUCCGAUUGACCUGUCCGCCCCACGUCUUCGACGCGAGUGUUUGAGAGAGUGUGAAAGAGGAAAGGAAGUUCCGCGUUUCUUGAGGACUUCUCGCGGUGUGGAUAUAGGAACGGAAAUUGAAGGGAACCACAUUCACCUCACUUCAUUGGGAUAACGAGCGACGCGGAUAUCAAAAAAACACCUCUUCGGACACUCACGAUUUGUGACUCACAAGACGGUAGUCUGUCUGCGCGCACUGAAAAAUUGACCGUCGAGUCGUGGAGCGUCGACAGUAUCCGACAGUUUCGUUAGCCAGGCGUAUACCAUCAUCCAGAACAAUCCCUCGCCCGUGGCAAGACGGCCAAUCGUGCGGACGUCCUCGGUGUUAUCCCAGCGCGGCCGCUACGUGCGACGACAACAGCCCAAAGAUUCUCCCACCGAAGGCCAAGAUGCACAUCGAGGUGCAGGUGGCGCUUAACUUCGUGAUAUCAUAUCUCUACAAUAAACUGCCGCGUAGACGAGUCAACAUCUUCGGCGAAGAGCUCGAGAAGGCGCUCAAAGAUAAGUUCAAAGGUCACUGGUAUCCGGAGAAGCCGUUCAAGGGCUCGGCGUUCAGGUGCCUCAAAACCGGUGAUCCGGUCGACCCGGUGCUAGAGCGCGCCGCGAAAGAGAGCGGUGUGCCAAUCCAGGACAUUCUGGAAAAUCUACCAGCCGAGCUCGCCGUCUGGGUUGAUCCUGGUGAGGUGAGCUACCGUAUCGGCGAGUUGAACGCCGUGAAGAUUCUUUACUCGGAGACCGGCGACCCGCAUGACGAGACCUCGGCUGAUCGCGAAGUCACCAAAACCUUCAAUCCGGAGGCACAGUGCUUCAGGCCGAUCGAAGCUGUAAGCACGUCCUUAAGCGGUCUCAGCCUCAGUCCGAAAUCAACUUCGCCGUUUUCGAGCUCCCUCGGCAGCAAUGCUAGCAAUGGCUCGUCCAACAACCAGCAAAACGGCCACGGAUCUGGUUCCUCGUCUGCGCCCUCACCCACACCCAUCACCAGCUCCUUCAAGGGUUCGCCCAGCCCCGUACCGGCCUUCAUCCCGCGUACCACCGCCCCGCUCACCUUUACCACCGCUACCUUCGCCCAGACUAAGUUCGGCAGCACCAAGCUCAAAACUAGCAGCAAACGCGCCAACAGGAUGUCACCCACUGAGUUCUCGAACUAUAUAAAGCAGCGCGCAGCGAUGCAGCAGCAGAUUCACCAUCAUCAUCAUCAUCAACAGCAACAGCAGCAUCAGUCGCAGCAGCAGCAGCAGCAACAGCAACAGCAGCAGCAGCAGCAACAGCAACAGCAGCAGCAGCAGCAGCAGCAGCAGCAGCAGCAGCAGCAACAGGCGACCGCAGUUGGUGCAGGAUUGCCGGUCUCUCAGAGUUCGCCGCGCAGUCGUAGCCUAUCGCCUGGUAGCAUAGUCGCCGGCGCUGGACAGCAACAUACGGACCCGAGUGCGUACUUCUUCCAACAUGGCCCAGCCGCGGCCGCGGCGGCGUAUCACGCGCAGUUCCCUCAUCGCAACAUCUUCGACUCGUCGGCGAGCCACGGUGGUUACCUACCGGCCGAUCUCUACGCCGGCACCAAAUUCCCAUCAUCGUACCUUGACCCGACCACCUUGGCUGGCCAUCAGUUCUAUGGCGGCGGCAUGAAUGGCACUGGCGCUGGUACUGGCGGCGCUGUAAACGGCACCACCGGCGCUGGAGCCGGUACCCAGGGCGCCGGUAGCGCCGGCACUGGUAAUCUUGGUCCAAUUGGCUCUGCGACAACCAACGGCAACGUCAACGCUGGCGCGGCCGCCGCGGCGCAGCAGCAGGACAAGAGUGCCCUAGUCGAGGGCCUCAACAACUUCGGCCUCGGUUCGGUCGCACCUUAUCCGGCCAGCCAAUAUCAGCACUUGCUUGUGGCCAACUAAUACCUCGCGCGUGCACAUCAAAUCGUCAACAAAACCGCCACUACGUCCCGUGGCGGUAACAGCGUUUUCAUUUUCGGUGCCGCUGGUCCGGUGACGGACAAAAAGGAGAGAAGGCCGUCGCCUCUAAGACUCCGUCAUCGAGACGUUGUCCAGAGUCUGGCUUCUUAAAAACGGAUGUCCAUCAGCUGAGUUAGUAUCACUCUAUCUCUCCUCCUAAUCAGAAUACACUGAUUAUGGUUCACGAUACCAACUUGUCCUUUCCCGCGAUUCCUAUUCAGAUGCUUCUCAGAACGCUCUCUCGUUCCAUCUUUCCUAAUCCAAGAAGAAUCCGAGAUAUUCUGUACAUACAUUAUUGAUAAUUAUCGAUGAAUGAAGGAGAGAUAGAGAAUAAGCAGAGAAAGAAAGAGAAAGGCAGUCGCCGAACGAUCAGCACCGAUGAUGAAAGCGAUCGAAAUGAGGAAAGAAGCGAUAAAAUGGAAAGAAAGAAAGAAAUGUGUAUGCGUGUGGAGAUGAUGCCUGGUUCUGAGGUACGUCUGAUUGCGAGAUAACGUGUGCGUGCAGAAACGUUUUAGGCAUGGAGGAGAGAAGAGAGGAGACGGAAGGAAGCGGCUAACGGCUAACGAGAGCGUGUAUAUGUGUUAAAACCCGAUAAGGACUCGAUUGGCGAUGGCGCGAGACGCUCGUUCGAGACGGAAGCCAUCGUGUGGCUACCUACGAUACACACAUACAUACACAACACACAUAACGCGCUCAAAGUAUACGGCAUGCAUGUAGCGCACCGGCGGACAUUCGAACGACGCGUCGAGCGCGCAUCUAGGACAGUAAAGAUAUACUCGACACAUAGGAAUAACACACACACACACACACACACACACACAUACACAUAUACACACACACACACCACAUCACACAAAUAUACAUAUUAUACCGAUCUUCCCGUAUAUACAUCUUCUCGUAUAACAUACAAUACGAAUCCACGCGAAUACACGUAGACCUUUCACAUACAUAACAUGCGAGCAUUAUCCAUGCACGAGACACACGUAUGUAUUAACGAAACAAAAAAAAAGAAAAAGAGGAAAACCAUAUAUACGCGACACUGACCCACACAGAUAUUACCAACGUGUAAUAAUUUAUUUUUUCACUGGUAUAUAGUCGGAGAAUUAAAUAAUGAAUAUAUAUCUCUGUAGAGCCUAUGUAUUAUAUUCAAGAUGCACUCACUCUUCACCGGGUUCUCGCGAAACGGUAGGAACUACACACUUGUCCCCUAACUCGUGUCGAGCGAGCCGUCGAUAUCGAAAGAUCCGUAGAUUGAUAAAAGAUCGAUAAGGUAAGGUGUCUUCCAAACUUUUUUUCUCCAUCGAUCGAGCGCCGACGACGAGGCGUCCCGCGGCGUCGUGUCGCUUCGUUUCGUUUUGUGCGAGAUUCGUAGCCAGAUAUUACAGUCAUUACAGACAACGCGGAAAGCUAUUUAGGCACUAAAUACGUAAAAUAUGAAGCUCUUUAAACGAGUUGAAAAUCGGAUCGCGGAUAGCUUUCCCUGUACGGAGGACCUUUACAUCGAAUCAAGAGGUGGAAAGCAAAAAACCGGAGAAUCUACGGAAGACGGCCCGUUCAUUCACACGAGAUGAAUAAAUAAAAUGAGAAAAAACAAUGCGAUCAAGGAACGAAGAAUCGAUCCUUCCGCGAGUAUAGUGAUAAUGUAGAGAAAAAGAGAAACGAGCUCGCAGUUUUAUACCGUUCGGAAAACUCGUCCUCGGUACGAUUUUACAUUUUAUUUUUAUAAUAAAUGUAGUAGAAUGUAGGAGAAAAAGAGAGCGAGAGAGAAAGUGAGAAAGAGAGAGUGAGAAAGGGAGAGAGAGUGCAGCGAAUGAUGUGCAAGGAAAGGAAGAGGAGAAGUAGAAGACAAGAUAGAAAAAGAGCCAGCCGGUGUGUUCGCGAAGAACGUAAGUGAUCUCGUUGCACAGGCCCCUCGAUAUUUGCUCGGCCUGCAGGCUGCGCCUGCAAGUUGGUCCCCGCCCGCCCGUCCGCUGCAGAAAAACCAUCGGGAAUCGAUUUCCUUUCGAGAUAUUGCCUUUCGAUUUGACAUCCGGAGUCGAUGACCCUCCGAGCUGUCGAGGGAACCUCUUCGAAUCGUUAAACCUCGGCAAUGCGCUUCCUCGCCGCUAUGUGUUUAAACUUUGAACCCGGAAAUUCUUUCUAAUUAUUUUCCGAUUGUCGCAGGCAUUGUUCGCGAAUCAUUUAUAAACAAGUAUAAGUCUAACCAAUUGAUAAGAUCUUCGUCGAUUAAUUAAGAUAGAUUACGUUGAAUGUGAGAACACUGACUUAGAAUAAUUAAAGACUUAACGAGAAAUUUGUAGCGUAAUCAAUCCCUUAGUAUCUUUUUUUCAAUCAAGCAGAAUCAUCCGCAGAGUUUUACGAUGUUAAGAAAAAGAGACUAGUACAAAGAUAAUGAGAGUUAAUCAGAAGCAGGAUGAACGGCGGGCGGGAUAGUUCCGGGGUAGCAACGUCGUCGCUUAGCGUUCACGAGGUUAAUUAGGUGAUUACGUAAUUAAAAGGUCGUGCGUUAUUGUCCUUGUCGGCGAGGCGAUUCGUCCGGUUGCAAAAAUCAAUCUUAAUUUCAAUGAUUAAAAUAAUUAAAUUUUUACGCACCUAUAUCUUAUCUUCCGGAGUUUAAAACGAAUAUACUUUAAUAAUUUUCUAUAUAAGAGACUUGCUUUUACGAUUUAACUUUAGUCGUUAUGAUCGACCUAAACUGUAGGGUGUCCAUCAUAAAACGCAAGCUUCGCUUCGUAAUGCUACGCUACUAUAAACUUUUAGUAUAAAGCGAAUAUUAUCGAGAUAACACUUUACAACGAAAAUUCCACUUUUGUCAGUCAGAACUGUCUUCCUUUCUUAAAAAUUGCCUACAAAAGAAGAUGAUUAUGAGUCGCGUUUUAAAAUGAACAUGCUCCGUAUAUUCCAUCUGUAUCACAGCCUUAAGAUCAUUCUGAUUAGUCUUUAAUAUUAGCCACGCGCGAAUAUUGUUCCGGCUUCCUGUACUUAAAUUAAUUCGAUAAUAUGACUAAUUUCCGAGAUAAUAAUUACAUCAAUCCUCGAGAAUAAUGUUUGUUCGAGGCACGAAAUUUGAUACUGAAAAUUUCACUAAAUUUUAAAUUAACUGUUAUUAUCUCGCGAUAAAUCUUCCAUCUUAUCGAUAGAAACCUGUAUUUGAUCUCCGCAAAUUGAACGUGCAGUCGAGCCUCGCCGACGAGUAUUAGAGGCUCCGCACAAUAAAAGGAACAGGAAACAGAGAACAGAGAAUAAGAAUUUCAACUUA